CCUAUAGUUUACAAUGCUAUAGCUCAACCACUCCCUUCAGUCGCUGUGAAUUGAGGUUUCGCAUAUCCCGCCCUCUGUGAGCUCGGAUACACAACGCCCCAUCUCACAGGCAUUGGAAAAAACACCGCUCCCGGGGAUACAGGCAGUUUUCAUCAAACUAUACAAUUUGUGGAUUUAUGUUAACCUGUGAGAGGCAAAUACUGCGUGGGGACGUCAGUUUCGCAUACAUUCAGACGCCGAUCUACCGGGCUCACCUGUACAGUCAUGAAGUCUUUCUACCUGCUUGCCACUUUGAUAUGGUGUUUAACGUCGAAUUUCUCCUGGGCAGCUAAGAUCGUGGUGGUUCCACCCAUUAUGUUUGAGAGCCACCUGUAUAUUUUCAAGACCCUUGCCUCUGCUCUCCACGCCGAGGGCCACGAAACCGUCUUCCUCGUCUCUGAAGGUCGAGAGGUACCACCAUCCGACCAUUAUCGACUCCAGCGCUACCCCGGAAUUUUUAACAGCACCUCAGCCGAUGAUUUCCUCCAAUCAAAAGUUCAUAACAUCUUUUCGGGUCGUUUCACAGCUCUGGAGCUUUUUGACAUCCUGGACCACUAUUCUCAAAACUGUGACGCUGUUGUCGGGAGUGCUUCUGUCAUGGAACUGCUAAAACAUGAACGUUUUGACCUCCUAUUAGUUGAUCCCAAUGAAAUGUGUGGAUUUGUCAUAGCUCACAUUUUGGGCGUCAAGUAUGCGGUGUUCAGCACGGGACUGUGGUACCCUGCGGAAGUUGGCGCGCCGGCACCCCUGUCUUAUGUUCCAGAAUUUAACUCGCUACUAACGGACCGCAUGUCAUUGUUUCAGCGGGUAACUAACACAGCAGUGUACCUCGUUUCCAGAUUUGGUGUACAGUUCUUGGUGCUACCGAAGUACGAUCGCAUCAUGAGGAAGUACAACAUCCAGCCCUCUGUGUCCAUGCAUGAUCUGGUUCAGAACAGUCGACUUUGGAUGCUGUGUACUGACAUGGCCCUGGAGUUUCCAAGACCCACUCUUCCACAUGUUGUCUAUGUAGGGGGCAUCCUCACCAAACCCCCCAGCCCCUUGCCACAGGAGUUUGAAACCUGGGUGAAGGAAACAGAUGAACAUGGAUUUGUGGUGGUGUCAUUUGGUGCUGGAGUGAAAUUUCUUUCAGAUGACAUCGCUCAAAAACUCGCAGGAGCCUUGAGCCGUCUACCUCAGAGGAUCAUCUGGAGGUUCUCUGGAGUUCCUCCCCAUAAUCUUGGCAACAAUACUAAACUAGUGGAGUGGAUGCCACAGAAUGACCUGUUGGGCCAUAGAAACACACGGGCCUUCUUGAGUCAUGGGGGCUUGAACAGCAUCUAUGAAGCCAUGUAUCACGGUGUGCCUGUGGUAGGCGUUCCACUGUUUGGAGAUCACUACGACACCAUGACACGAGUUCAGGCCAAAGGCAUGGGCAUAAUGUUAGAGUGGAAAAAAAUGAGCGAGGAAGACCUAUAUACUGCCAUGUUCAAUGUCCUUACAGACAAAAGGUAUCGUGAGCGAGCCCAGCUGCUGUCUCAGAUUCAUAAAGAUCAGCCUGGUCAUCCAGUGAGUCGAGCCGUUUACUGGAUUAGUUAUAUUCUCCGUCACAACGGUGCCGACCAUCUCCGUUCUGCUGUCUAUGAGAUCCCCACCCACCAGUACUUCCUAUUGGACGUCACGCUGGUAAUAGGAGUGUGCCUGGUUCUCCUCGGCUACUGUUUAUACCGAAUAGGCAAAUUCGUCCGAUCACGGCUGGGGCGUGGUCUUUCUCCAGUGGAGAAAGUCAACGGACACUGUCACGGAAUUCCAAACGGAAUUCCAAACGGCAAACACAACAGAAAUGGACACGUUAGUAGCAUAGAGAAGAAACUUAAGUAACGCCCUAGGAUAAAUCAACACUAACGCUUCACUAAAGAGAGGAAUUAACUGCUCUUUACUCAGAACAGGGCCUAUCCAGGAAAUAAACAAAGAAAAAACUAUUAUAACAACGAACUGUAAGUGGGAAGCCGAGAUGUAAGAAAACGUUCCUGAGGAUGUUUUUUCCCUGAAUGGAGUUCAUUUGUGGUCCUGAAUGUUGAGCUUACCCUUGUGGAGAUUAAGAAAUUAAUGUUUUUAACAACAACAUGUGGGACAUCAAGUCUCAGUACAUCCAAAUACAGACAUCUAUAUUUAUUUAUGAAACUAAUCUUUGGAAAAUUCUGUAAGUUUUUAAGGAAGUUAAACUGAAUUUUAAUUUAUGUUCUCUAUUUAUGUCUCGUGCACUCUGUCCCUACUUGUUUUGCAUCACUAUUCAUUUUUGCAUGUUAACAGGUUUAGCCGUGCACACUUAAAACUCACCGCUGCUUGCGUUGGCAGUCCAAACCCAAGCUUUAUCUAGUCUAGCAUGAUUCUUGUAGACAUGCAUUUUGCACUAGCUAAUGCUGCUAGUUAUAGUUAAAAACAUUGUUGCAGAUAGCUGUGUUAAAUCCUGCUUCGGAUUUAUUUUUUUCUACUUUUUUCACAUUUGUUUUUGCUUUGAUGUUUUCAGCUAAUGCUAUGUAAUGAAUUGUAGUUAAUGAAUUCUAGUUUUUAUAUAAAAUCGUAGAUCAGAUUUAACACCCCGUUCACACGUGUUUAUUGUUGGCAGAUCUGGAUUUAAAUUAACGAUGUGAAACAUUUGGUCUUAAUUAUUAAGCCAUUGUUAUGUUUGAUGGAUGUUUAGA